AUGCUACUUCAGAGGACGUUAGUGGUUCUAGCACUUACUGUACACACUGCAUUAUGUGGUUAUCAGAGGUCAAUAGUUCAUUUUGAUAUGAAAGGUGCUCCACCAAAAGUUGCAUAUUUCAAGCAACUUUUAACAAUGAUGAGUGGUUUAGGAGCAACUGGGGUGCUAAUGGAGUGGGAGGAUAUGUUCCCCUACCAAGGAAAUCUAAAUCGGAUCGUCAACAAAAACGCCUACACCGAAGAGGAAGUGAUAAGUAUUCUGGAACAUGCUCAACAGCUGGAACUUGAAGUCAUCCCACUUGUGCAAACUUUGGCACACAUGGAAUGGAUUUUGAAAAAUGAAGAAUUUUCUCAUUUACGGGAAGAUGAACGGUACCCAAUGGUAGCGUGUAUUGGAGAUCCAUCUAGUUUGGAAUUGAUUCUUGAUUCAGUUAAUCAGUUAAUGCAAGUUCAUUCGAAAUUCAACACACGAUAUAUUCAUAUUGGUGCUGAUGAAGCAUUCCAAGUCGGAAUAUGUGAAGCGGAUCGUCUAAUCCUCCCUGUGAAAUAUGAAAACGACACGCUUCGAAUGAUUUUCAACCAUUUGAAAAAGGUGUCGAUCAAUGUCACCGAAGAAUUCCCGGCGACGAAGGUUUUAAUGUGGUACGACGAACUGAAAAGUGCGCCGUUAGAACUAAUCAAAGAAUAUAGUCUUGAUGAACUGGUGAUACCGGUCGUGUGGAAAUACACUGCGAAUUUGGAUAAUGACCUGCCGCCCGAGAUGUGGAAAAAUAUGUCAUACUCGUUCAAAGAAGUUUGGGGUGGGAGAGCUGACGGAGCUAGUCGCUACUGGAAUCGCCUCAAACCAUACAUUUUGAACAAUAAGGAAUGGUAUCUUCAGAACGAAAAAUACAAGUUACACUUCACAACCUUUGAUUCUAUCAUUAUCACUGGUUGGCAAAGAUACGAUCACUUCGCAUCGCUAUGUGAACUUUGGCCAACUUCAAUGGUAUCAUUGGCGCUGAACCUGAUAGUUCUAACCAAGUUUCAUAUAGACACAGCGUCUGCGGAACAGGUCAUCAACGCCCUCAAUUGUCCGCCGUCUACUACUCUUGACCAAUUGGUAGCUGGAACUGACAAGUGUCGGUAUCCAGGCUAUCGCGCACGUGAUGCAAUAAGGGACUAUUUUCAGUUGAAGACAUUCUUUGAAAAUUCCACUUGGGUCCAUAAUAGAGAGAAUGGAUGGCUUCAAUCAUCCCAUAUGCGGUUAUCAGCUAGCAAUCCGUACUAUAUUGAUGCAAUCGGAAAAGCUUAUGAGCGAACUCUAAAGAAAAUGGACACAAUCACUAACAAUAUGAGGACAGCCUUCACUGAAAUAUUCUACCCGGAUGUGAUAGAGGAAUUCGAAACUGAUUACAUCACACCGUUCUAUGAGGAACUGCAAAAAAGAAAAGACGCGGUCGCCAACAUUGACACCAAGCGGUCAUAUGGACCUCGUCCGUGGUUCCGGCUGUGA